GGUUGUCACAGGCAACACAUCGGAGCGGACGCACACAGUCUCUGUUUCUUCGAUAGGAAAUUGACUCCAUUAGGUGCAGGCCACCUGGUUAAGGAGCUGGGAUUUUGUAUUUAAUAAACGGUGUAGUGUCAGUUUAACUUGUGCAGCCUCCAGGGAAGGGACAGUGUUUGGAGAAAACCUGUCGAGCAGGAAGAUAUCAGAGGGCCGAUAUACCGAUUUGCGAAUAAGAUUGACAGCAUCCAAUAUGUCAUCCAUCUCCGUGCCCGAAUUCUACAAAAACAGAUGUAUCUUUAUCACGGGUGGCACAGGCUUUCUCGGGAAGGCCUUGUUAGAGAAGCUAUUACGCUCCUGUCCCGAGGUCCGCUGUAUUUAUGUUAUGAUCCGGCCAAAGAGAGGCAAAGAUAUCCAUGAGCGACUGGAAGCCCUCUUGGACACAAGUUUAUUUGACAAGGUGCGAACAGAACAACCAGGUUUUGAAAAUAAAGUGAUUGCUAUCGGUGGUGAUAUCUUGGACGAUAACCUUGGUAUAACAGAGGAGGAUCAGCAAACCCUGGUGGAAAAUGUCUCUAUCAUCUUUCAUUCUGCGGCCACAGUCAAGUUUGAUGAGGAACUCAAAUUAUCUAUACAGAUGAAUGUUCUAGGAGUGCGAAAGAUACUGAAGCUUGCUCAUAAAAUAAAAAAGCUGGAGGCAUUGGUACAUGUGUCCACAGCGUAUGCCAACUGUGAUAAGGAGCAAAUAGCAGAAGCAGUGUAUCCUCCCCCACUACAGCCACACAAACUCAUCAAUGCAGUCGAGUGGAUGGAUGAUGAGGUGAUUACAACACUGACCCCCAAGCUGACUAAACCCCGCCCCAACACGUACACGUACACCAAAUCAAUGGCUGAGUACCUGCUGACAGAAGAGAGAGGGGACAUACCAGUGGCUAUUGUCAGGCCCUCCAUUGUUGGGGCCACCUGGCUAGAACCAGUGCCUGGAUGGGUGGACAAUUUUAAUGGCCCCACUGGGUUGUUAGCAGCAAUUGGUAAAGGUGUUUUGCGAAUAAUGAAAGGUGACUUCCAUGGCACUUCUGACAUCAUCCCUGUUGACAUUGCGGUGAAACUUCUUAUAGCAGCUGCCUGGUACACAGCAGUCGAGAGACCGAAGGAUGUGAAAGUAUAUAACGGUACAACAGGACAGAUCAAUAGGUUUACCUGGGGAGAAAUGGAGCGUAUGUCUCACCAGUACUUCCUGAAGAAUCCUGUCAACAGUAUGGCGCGUCUCCCAAACCCGAGAUUCACAAAGAAUGCGUUUUGGCAUGAUCUCAAUGUGUUUUUCGAUCACAUCAUACCAGCUUACUGUAUGGACCUUUAUUUGAGAAUAGCAGGACGGAAACCCAUUUUUGUCAAAGUACAGGACAGGCUACAGAAGGCAGUGAAGAGCCUGGAUUACUUCACCUCUAAUCAGUGGAACUUUGCUAAUGAUAAUUUCCACAUGCUUCUGAACAAACUGUCCCCUGAAGACAGACAGAUAUUCAACUUCGACCCUAGGAUGAUCCAGUGGUCUCUCUAUAUGGAGAACUACUGUCUGGGAACAAAGAAAUUUGUGUUGAAGGAAGAAUUGUCAGAGUUGCCUGCAGCUAGAAGAGCUUUAGCCAGGUUGAAGAAGAUAACCCUAGUCUUUAACACCAUCCUAGCCAUUGUUAUCUGGAGGGUGUUGGUGGGUCGGGUGCGAGUAGCCCGGGACUUGUGGAACCUGGUUCUGCGCUGGACUUCGUACAUCCUUAUGAAGUUACCUCGUGCAUUCAAAUCAAGCUCCGCCUCUGCGUAACCAAUUGGCUGUGACAAGUCGCUGAUGAGGCUGUCAGCUGUGAAGCUCUAGAUUGCUUAAGCCUGUGUCUCUCCCUUGGUCAGUUGGCCCUGGCACGGAAACGUCUGACCAAUCCGUCUGCAGGUAGAAGUUAAGUUCUGUCUACACAAGGUACCAGUUGUAGUCAGUGUAGGUGAUAACACAGUGAUAAUCUAGCAUAUCAGGAUUAUAAGGUGCUUUUUUGAACAGAUGUCAAGCCAUGAUAAACAACAUCUUGAGUGUUAAAUGUUCAGUUGUUACAAAACAUGUUCUCUUUCUGAAGCAAUCACUCCGUCUUGUUACUCCAUGACAUUACAGUACCAGAGUAGGAGAGUCAAAGGCCAGCAUACCUGUUCCUUACCUGAACUCAUCUCUUUUAUAUCUUCAUGGUGUAAAUGCAUCAGGAUUAUCAGUCAAGUUUUCCACCUCUAACCAUGUCUAGUUAACCUGUCAGUUGACAAAUCAUCAAAAUAACUCUUAUCGAACUACAAAGGAAAAACUGGUUACUGUGUCCUGUACAGAUUCAAUCCAGGUGUGUUCGUACAGCUAAAAAAUAGGCUACGAUAGAUUACCAGCCAGGAUUUUGCUUCUGCUAUCAUCAUGGGACUAUUUUCAUUUUCCAAUUAUACAUGUAUAUGUAUUAUACAUGAAACAGAUUUGUCUAUGAGACAUAUUAAUAUGUGAAAAAUUAAAGAAAAUUAAAGUGUAAAUAGUAGAUUUAAAUAGACAUAGACAUUUGUAUCUUAUGUGGAAUAUGCAUAUGUGACAUGAGAACAGGGUCUAAAUGCAGUGAUAUCCUACAUGAUCUGUCAGUGAUAAGGCGGAGUAGUUAGAUUAAAGCAGUACCCAGGAAGUAGUUCUCUUGUGCAUAGUGUGUGUAUUGUUUUUACCACUAGAAAUAGUAAGGCUGUUGGAUUCUGGGACAGCGUGUGUUCAUGGGAUGAAAUAUUCUAACACCGUUAGCACUGAAUGCAAUACAUGGACUGUGAUGUUGCAUAUACUGGUUUUUGUCUUCUCAAAAAAAAAAAAAAAAAAUCACCUAUAAUUUCAUUGAAUUCUUUUACCAACUAAUAACUCUGUACACUAAUUUGGAACCAAAUAUUGUGAAAUUAUAUUUCAUUUACAGUAAAUGUGUAAGCCUCAUAUAAAUUCAUGUGUUUUUUUCACCAAUUAAUCACCCAUCUAUGUUACAGUUCAACCUGGCUAUCAGUUUGUGAACAAUUCCAUUAAAUUUUAGUUGUAAGCAAAGAAAUGAAUUCCUUUCUCUUGAACAUAGACAUUUGCCCCAGGGCAAGCUCUGCUCACUUCAAUUCUCAUGUGUGGGUAAUAUGAGAAGACUCAGCAAUUUAAUUUGAAUAUCGCCUUCUGUUAUGGUGGGUAGGCCUUUGUUCCAAUAGGUAUGGUUGCGCAAACAAGAACGUAUUCCAUGGAGUUGUGAUCAAUGGUUACCCUUUCCCAAAUUAUUCAAGAAAUGAAUGUAUGACCAUCACUUGUGUGAUACAUGACAUGAGAAGUAACUAAAAAAAAAAAUCUUCAGCACUGCAGCCAGCACUCAGUCAAUUGUUUGUAUACGCCCCGGUCCACUUCCCGCAAGCCUUCAUUGAAGUUAUAUCGAUUAUGGUUUUAAACAUAAGUCAAAUAAAUGAACAACAUUUGCCUGAAAUCUCAUUCUCUAUGUGAACAAGUUCUUGGUUGUGGAACAACAAUGUUGUUCACUAACCAUUGCCAGAGCCAAAGAACAAGUUUUGGAUCAGACAUCAUUCUUAUCUCCUAGCGGAUUAAUUAACUCUGCGAAAAUCAUAUCUUUUUUUUUCUUUUUUUUUUGCCUUAGGGUUGUACAACUCGUUGAAUAUAUUACUAAUCUUCCAUGAGGGUCUCCAGUAAACAGAAAUAUGUGUAUAAUAUGCAACCAAAACUAAAAUGACUGAUUGAAAUACUAAAGACUUAAUAGUACUUAAAGGAAUAUUGGCAAAAUGGGCUUUAGUGUUAAUUUAUUCUGUGAAUUAUGUACAUUGUGUGAAAAGUGGAUAACAUUUUAAAAAUAAUCCAUAAUCAGCCUAUUAUACCUUUCUUGGGCAGGCAUUCAUCAGUGGCAUAAUUAGUCAGUCAUUCAUCAAGAUAGACAUGUUCAUAAAUUUUUAUGUUUAAACUGGCUACCCAGCUGAACAGUUUGGUGAUAUGCAUGUGUGGUGUUGACGUCCAUGAGUGCAAUCAAACAACAUGUUGAACAAGUGCUAUAUAUUGCUAUUGUUGCACUGUUGCACAUGUCUUUUAUUGGUAUUGCAAGCAAGAUGACAUAUUUUCAUUAGACAUAAUAUGGGCUGUAUUUUCCCUUUUUGUGAUGCCAAUGUUUCUACCUUGAGGAAUAUUUUAUUGAUGUUUACAUGUUAUGUUGUAGCUCAAAUGACCUGUAAUACAUUUCUCAUAGAUUAUAUAUAUAUAUCUCAUUAUCCCAUCAUAAUAUCACAUUGCUGCUAUUUAUUAAUAGUGAUUUCUUUUUUAACGUGAACAAGUGUCCUGUAUAUGGCUAUGCACUUUAUUGACAAUGAACCAUGACUCCAGUGAGUAUAUAAUGAAUCUGUAGGAAAUAAAUGUGCCCACCAAUACCAUAAUAUGGUUCACACAAUGAUGGAACUUUACACAAUGUAUUAAGCAGUCCAUUAUUAGAAUAAUGUUAAUGUACUAGACAAGCUUGUCCUGUUAUAAAGUAAUAUGGCAAAUAAUGAGCCUUUAUACUGAGCUGUUUGUCUUCAUACAUGUAUAUAUAUAUGUAUAUUUCUCUAUUUUGUUGAACUGUGUUUUUUUGUGUGUGUUCAUCACAAACAUCUUUGUUUUUCAUUAUUUUGCAGCAUACUUAUUGGUAUGAUCUCUAUAUCUGGCAUGUUCCAUCAACAAAAAUGCAUUUAUUUGAUGAUGACAUUCUCUAAAUUUGUUGUGUAUAAAGUUAUUAUUAUUUUGAGCAUAGCCUGUUUUGUAUUCCCAGACCAUAAUUAUUGUUACAUAAAUCUUGGUCAUGAAAUAUCAGGGUUCAUCUGAUAUCAGUGAUGUGAACAGGCAGGCAGCUAGACUUCUUCAUACAAAUAUAAUAAUGAAUAAAAACGAUAAAACUUAGCUUUAAUAAGCACAUUUAUUAGCAUGCCGUUUCCUGUUAAACUGACACUUAGUGGCUUGGUUGCACUGUGUUGAUUGCCAAAGAAAAUAAAUCACUGGUUUGUUUACACUCCAGCCUACUUUGUUUCUUUCUGUUUCGAGCUGUAGUCAUUUUCAUGAAAUUGUGCAUGAAAAGCUCCCUGUUAUACACACUAUCUGAGUUGAAGCUUCAUAAAAGUUACAUGUCUGGCAGAAAAAAUAUGUGUGAAAGUGUUUCCAUCAGUUUACUAAUAAGGAUUAGAAUUUAAUGUUAACAAAUUAUGGCCAAGUGUGCUGUAUUUUUUUAAAUGCGGGGUUGUUGGCUUGAAACAUUAUUAACAUGUGGAAAUCUUUAAAGAUGUUCUGGUAAAUGUCAGUUUUUAGUGAUCAUUGAAUUUAUUUUGGUAAUGCAAUAUAC